AUGGAGAUUCAGUUCUCCAUUUCUCCACGUGGCGAGCUAUACAAUCAUAUUCUUGGACAAGCUCUGUCUUCCUCUUCUGCAGUUCUGAUUCUAGGGUUUCUCUAUAUUCGGCUUGAUUUUCUUCUGCAACCUUAUCUGCAUCAAAGCACUGCAUCGGACUUUCCCUGCCGAAGUUUGCCCUGUUUGGAAGCUCCGAAUUUCUCUCUGUUUACCUGGAUGGCCAUAAAGGCAAUUGAGUUGUUGAAAAGAGGUGCAAACCAUGAAGAGAUAAUUGAAGUUCUUGCAGCAGUGGCUGCAGAUUUAGGGGAUGUAAUAGAUGACCUGAACUCUUUACAGGUAAAACCUCUAAAUGGGGCAAUGACCAAUGAGGUUUUUGAGGUAAAUUGGCCAACUAAAAGUGAUGGUCAUCAGAGAAAGGUUCUGGUUCGAUUAUAUGGUGAAGGAAUUGAGGUUUUCUUCAACAGGGUUGAUGAAAUCCGAACCUUUGAGUCCAUGUCAAAGCAUGGACAAGGUCCACGCCUUCUUGGAAGGUUCACCACUGGCAGAGUUGAAGAGUUUAUUCAUGCCAAUACACUCUCAGCUGCGGACCUCCGUGACCCUGAAAUAUCUAUUUUGGUAGCAUCUAAGAUGAGGGAGUUUCACAAUCUUCACAUGCCUGGUACAAAGAAGGCUCAGCUUUGGCAGAGAUUGAGGAAGUGGCUUAGUCAUGCCAAAAGUUUGUGCUCCCCAAAAGAUACCAAGAAUUUUGGCCUGAAUCAUCUCGAUGCUGAAAUAAAUAUGCUUGUGGAGUUGCUAUCGCAAGGAUAUCAAGAGAUUGGUUUUUGUCACAAUGAUUUACAAUAUGGUAACAUAAUGAUGGAUGGAGAUACAAGAGCAAUCACUUUCAUUGACUACGAAUAUGCCAGUUACAAUCCUAUUGCAUAUGAUCUGGCAAAUCAUUUCUGUGAAAUGGUUGCAAACUAUCACAGUGACAAACCACAUGUUCUUGACUACACUAAAUACCCUGGUCUUGAGGAGCGCCAAAGGUUUGUUUAUAACUAUUUGAGUUCUGAAGGUAGGAAACCAAGCAACAGGGAAGUGGAGCAACUAGUUAAUCUUGCAGAAAAAUACACUCUUGCCAACCAUCUAUUUUGGGGCUUAUGGGGACUUAUUUCGAGUUAUGUCAACACAAUUGACUUUGAUUACAAGGAGUAUGCAAGGCAGAGGUUUCAGCAAUACUGGCUGAAAAAGCCUACUUUAUUGGACUUACCAAGUAUCAUUUCCGAAGAUGGAAUGGCCAAUGGCCAUUGA